CUCCUAAAUCACUCGUACGCACAAUUUAAGAACAAAUCUGUGCGUACGAACGGUUCUUGCAUGAGGCCCAAUGUUUGCUUAUUGGGUAAAGAUCCUCCCAAUGUCUGGCUUUCAGCAACUGUGUCCCACUGAGCAAUUCAGUUGAAAAGYCCUUCAUAAGAGUUGCACAAAACACUUUUUGAUUAGUACUAAAACACAUCUGCAUAUCUCGUUCAGUUUCAGCCAGUUUUGCAUUCAAGGGAAAAGUGUCACAGAUCUGCACGUUGUCUGACAGUCGGUUUUACCGUCUCAGUUUUUAAUGCCGGAAGGGUUCAGGUCCGAGUCUCCCGUCUCUUGGCUUUGUGCGGUGCAGCUUUUGUACAGUGAGGUUGUAUUUUUGYACACAGCACGGUUUAUUUUUCUGCUUCCCAGCCUCACGAAGGAACUCACACCAUGUUGCGCUUGCUUUACAAAACAAGUCAUGUCUGUCAGAACUGACCGAGAAAAGUGGAAGAAAAAGAAAACUAUUUAAAGAAAAGAGUUUUUUUGUUUGGGGCGGUUGAAAUGUUCUUCAUUGUUGAUGUUCAUGAAGUGAUUCGAUGUCCAAAAACCUUGUUGUCCAUAAAGUGAAAGUGAAAUUUGUAUUUCUCUUACUUUUUACGUAAAGUCAUUUUCCAUUUUCUUUUCUAAAAUGACAAGAAGAUGAAGUCGUUGUGGGAAAAUGUUUCAAGUUGACAUGUAAACUAUAAUUAAAUACUUGGACAGAUUGACUUUGAAUUUGUAAAAACACUUUUUUUAUUUCGCACAGUGUUGCUCUUUGAGCAUGAACUGUUUCACAAUUAGUUGUUACACCUUUGGUGCCAGUUUUUAGUCGUGCAGAUAUAGUAUAAAACUGUUUUAUGCUUCAGAUUUACAGAGAUUAAAACAAACAGUAUUGCAAAAACUAUUUUACCACUUAAAACUCACAAAAUAAAGUUCAAACCAGAUUUCAUUUAGCCACCGCUGCCUUGGAUUUGUGACGUCUGUAAUACGCAACAGAAAGACUGAUACAAACCUGAUGAGCUGUAAGAGUUUAUAUUUGAAAAUAAAAUUAUCCACAAUCUAUCCAUAAAAACGUACAGACCAACAGAGCAGGUGUUCAAUUAAACAKUGGGUUAAUAAUGUGUUUUAAAAUAUGCAAAAUAAAAUUAGUGUGGAACUGUUUUGCAUGUAACACAGAUUAUUCCCCUCUUUGUUCAGUUGUUUGCAGAGAUUAUAAAUGUGUAAUCUGAGGAGCGUUUGUUUACAGGCAGGGCAUUUCUCAGAGUCAGAUGGGCGGGCAGCAGCACUUGACCUGCGUUUCUUCCUCCUCACGGGUGAUCGGGACGAGCGACACGCUGCUUCACUUCACAUCAACUUCACCUGCCAGAAGCUUUGAUCAGGACAGCCUGGGACUCAGCUCUGACCGGAGCCGCGGGGGGAAACAUGGAUGGACAUCACGACCAGCAAGUGCCUCACUGUAACUCCAGAGUCCUGCAGGAAAAGACCCCCGGCUACGAGAGCCCAGCAAACGUCAGAAAGAGAAAACUCAUUAAGUCCGACCUGGCUCUGGACACUGAAGAGCUCUUCCAGGACCUCAGUCAGCUGCAGGAGGCUUGGCUGGCAGAAGCUCAAGUUCCCGACAAUGACGAGCAGUUUGUUCCAGACUUCCAGACAGAAAACUUGGCUUUCCACGGUCUGCAGCUGAAGAUCAAGAGGGAGCUGCACAGCCCGUGUUCAGAGCUGAGCUCCACCUGCAGCCAGGAGCGACCCUUCAAACUCCAGUAUGGAGAGAAGUGUCCGUACAGCAUCAGUGCCUACGAGCAGAAGCAGCCUGCAGGAAUGAAGCCCUCCAGCCCAGUCACGCCCCCCUGUAGUACCCCCGUGUCCCCCCUGCCCCAUGGCUCACCCACGGCCGCCCCAACACCCAAACCAGACAGGACUUACGCCCACAUACCGCCGCCCUCGCAGCCCCUCCCUGACAGCGCCUACUCUAUGGACCACAGAUUUCGACGUCAGCUCUCAGAGCCGUGCCACUCGUUUCCCUCCCCGCCGACGAUGGCUCGGGACAGCCGGCCCAUUUACCACAGGCAGAUGUCGGAGCCCAACAUCCCCUUCCCUCCACAAGGCUUCAAGCAGGAGUACCCCGACCCGCUCUUCGAGCACCCGGCUAUGAUGGGAGCGCCUCUACCCCACGGUUACCCCGCCAGCAUGAUGAUCAAACAGGAGCCGAGGGACUUCACCUACGACUCAGCAGAAGUGCCUAGCUGCCAUUCUGUCUACUUACGACAAGACGGCUACCUGGCUCACGCUGGCAGGACUGAAGGUUGCAUGUUUGACAAAGUGGCGAGGCAUUUCUACGACGAUACCUGCGUGGUGCCCGAAAAGGUCGAAGGUGACAUCAAGCAGGAGGCCGGGCUGUACCGUGAAGGCCCGUCGUACCAGCGCCGGGGCUCGCUGCAGCUCUGGCAGUUCCUGGUGGCUCUGCUGGACGACCCAUCCAACUCCCACUUCAUMGCCUGGACCGGCCGCGGCAUGGAGUUCAAACUCAUAGAGCCUGAGGAGGUGGCGCGUCGAUGGGGGAUACAGAAGAAUCGGCCAGCGAUGAAUUAUGACAAACUCAGCAGGUCGCUGCGCUACUACUACGAGAAGGGAAUCAUGCAAAAGGUGGCCGGCGAGAGAUACGUGUACAAGUUUGUGUGCGACCCCGAGGCGUUGUUCUCCAUGGCGUUCCCCGACAAUCAGCGGCCGGUGCUGAAGACGGACAUGGAGCGGCAGAUCAACGAGGAGGACACGGUGCCGCUGUCGCACUUUGACGAGAACAUGGCCUACGUGCAGGAGGGGCCCUACUGCCAACCGCACCCCUACAGCGAGGGCUACGUUUUUUAACGUCAGCUCCACCAACACACACACACACACACACACACUCAAACACACACCUGCACUCUGCCACACCUCCUCCACACACCUGAGACUGUCAUGUCCUCUGAUUCACAGUCGCUCUGGGAAAAAGACUGGGGAUAAACACACACACACACACAACACACACACACACACAGUGGCACUUCCCUCUUAUCUAUCCAACAUAAACACACACACUCACACACACACACACAUCCUCUGUUUUGUCUUUCUGACGUCCAGAGAGUGCACUUUAAGGACAGGAACAGCCUGGUGGUAACCUGUAAGGGUCAAACUGUUUGGCUUUUUGUUGUUGAUGUUUGUACAUUUGUGUGGAAAUUAUUAUUUUUCCUUAAACCUUAUUGUUUGGAGCAUGUGCUGGUCCCAGUGACACUGGACUCUGUGGCUAAUUCAAGGUCACUAAAGGUUAAAUUCCUAAAUCUCCUCUUGUCACACAUGAAGCUAAUGGGACAAAGCUUUUUUUUAUUUUUAUUAUUAUUUUUUUUCCUUACGCAGAUUGGAAAAGUAACAAUUCUUUUUAUGUUGAAGAGACAUAAUCCCAGACUCGGAGGAGUAACGUGACUUUUAGCCGUUUCGAUGAGAACUGCCUCGCCUCAGGGCUGAACGUCUGCGACCCUCUCCUCCAGUCGAACUGUUAGAGCCCAUCUCGUUGGUGUUUUUCCUGUAAACUCCACCGGAUCAUUCCCUCAUGCGAUUUAAAAGAAAUAAAAAACACAAGCCUCGUGGACUGGUUGAGGACGUGCACUGGAUUUGUACAGAAGAAACACAGACUUGUUCCGGAUCAGACGUGAUUGGCCCUUUAGCCACAGGUGGCUGUGAGAAACCCAAACAGUUUGUUUUGUCCAUUUGUCUCACAAAUGUUCCUUUUUCCCAAUAAAUAAUAAGUUUAUGUACAGUUAAAAUGAUUCGAUCCUGAAAAACAUCCUGCUUCUGCAAAAUCGAGGGAGAAAAAAGUAAAAAGCAGUUGAUUUUAUUAGCUUAAAUGAUUUUUAUUUCCACCUGGUGAACAUGAGUUGUACAAUGGGAUUAAAAGAAGAGGGAAAAAAGUUGCUUUGUCAUUGGUUUUUCUUUUUCCUUUUUUUUUUUUUGAAAACAAAAAGAGCAACCAUUUAGAGGUUUAUAAUGUGGUGAAUUAAAACUAAAUUGAAGUUGUAAGUGUAAUUUUCUAAUUUGGAGAUAAAGGAAAAGAAAAUGUCCCGCAGUUUUGAGCUGCUGUUCACUUUUUUCUUAUUUUUAAUUUCGGCAACAAAGCAAGUCUGGUUUAAACUUUGUUUUGUUUUUUUAAGCUAAUGUGUGUGGGAUGGGAUUGGCAAUAGAAAAUGAUCUGUAAUAAAAUAGUUAAAUUUAAUUUAUUUCCACUUUAUGUUGCUGAACACGUGGAAUCCAACGUUGUCCUUUUUGUUUUUGACAUUUGUAUUUCUUUCAUGAGACGUAUAAAUCCUCUCUGGCUGAGA